UGGGCGACCAGCGAGUGAAAUUACUGAGAGGUUUGGAGUUUCAAAGAGGACAAUCAGAAGACACAUGAAACAUCGUGGCCUAAGGUAUUCACAGUUAAAUUCACAGAUUUUAUUAAGAUUAUUAGUAGUGUACUGGCGAUGUCCUUCAUUUUAAAAGGUGUUAAGUGAAAUGUAACAUGUAGUUUGUUGGUCUGCUCAGAAAGACAGAUCUCUACACCUGUUGCUGAUGAGGAGUUGGACCGUAUUGUAAGCGAAGUCCACAGAAGUGUCCAAACACCGGCUACAAGCUAAUGCGUGGACAUUUGAAUGCUAGAGGUGUGCGUGUUCCAAGAGCUAAAUGUUGCUGAUGAUCCAUGGUGUUGCCAUUUAUUAUUAUUUAUUUAUUAACACCCUAACACUAUCAAAAUACUUCUAAAUAUUUGAAACUCUGGUAUUUUUUUUCCAGUAUUUCUCAGUUAGAUUUUUAAGUGUUUUUUUAAAUAAAUAGCAAAUGAGUGUAUGAUUAUUUUCUGCUCUAAAGUCUCAAGACUGAGAGUCUUUGCACAGAGUGGAUGCUGAGGGAGUGUACAUGAGACGUCUACGGCUGCAUGUAACAAGACGACGGCAGUAUUCUGUUCCUGGCCCAAACUCUUUAUGGCACAUAGAUGGUCACCACAAGCUUAUAAGGUGGAGAUUUGUUGUCCAUGGUGGGGUGGACGGAUUCAGUCGACUGGUGGUCUACCUGAAUGUGGCUGGCAAUAACAGGGCUAGCACUGUCCUACAGAGCUUUAUCAAUGCCGUUCAGCAGUACGGGCUGCCGUCAAGGGUACGGUCUGAUAAAGGAAGAGAGAAUUCAGACGUAGCAGAAUUCAUGAUCAGGAGCAGAGGUACCAACAGGAACUCUCACAUCACAGGCAGAAGUGUACACAAUCAGCGAAUAGAGAGGAUGUGGAGAGAUGUUUAUGAGCAUGCCCUAGACCUCUUCUAUCAGAUCUUCACUUCAUUGGAAGAUCAGGGAACACUCAAUCCAGACAACCAAGUCCAUCUUUAUGCCCUGCACCGGAUCUUCCUUCCCCAAAUUCAGAGAACCCUCAGCUCCUUCAGAGAUGCUUGGAACUUUCAUGGACUUAGAACUGAAAGGAAUCAAUCACCUAAUGAACUCUGGAGAAGAUACAGAGAGCAAGGCCCCAUGGAGGAUCCUGCAGAGGUUUAUGAAGACUAUGGGAUCGACUGGAAUGGGCCUCACAAUCAGCAUGGAGACACUGUGUCAGUUCCUGAGAUUCAGAUGGCCCGUGAGCUCUCAGAUGAAGAGGUUGCCAUUUUGCCAGUUUCAGGAGUUUCUUUAAAUGAUGCAAUUGGAUCAUAUUUGGAGACAGUGCAAGUUUUGUCAAGAAUCAUUGGAGACUGAUAUCUUAAGCAGGCCUUUUAUUUUAUUUAUUGUGCAAAUGUCACUCAUGAAUUAGUUAACUUGAUUUGUCAAUAAAAAUCUGAAAUA